AAAAACAAAAAACAAAAAACAAAAGGAAGAGAAAAAGAAGUUGCAAUGAGGCAGCAACGGUUUUUGUUGCUUUUGUUUAUUCAGUUCAAUUCUUGCUACGGUUCCGAACCUAACCACUUGACCGUUACACCGAACCUAACGCUAACUCUUCAAAUUCUCCUCCCUCUUCCUCCAACUCUCACAGCUUCCAACAUUCAGCAAAAUGGUAUCCAAGAUCAUCAAAACAUCCCUCACUAAGCCCUUCCGCCGUCAACGCCGCAAGUCCCCCGUAAAGAAUGCCGCCUCCUCCACUGUCGCCGCCACCAUCCGCCGCUCUCUCUCUAUCUGCCACCGCCGUCUUCUCAAAAUCUUCUCCAAGUUGACCUGUAUCAGCACCCCCAACCGCUACAAAGGCUAUAAGGCCUUGAGGACAACCGCACCCACAUCCACAUCCACAUCUGCAACAGCCUCCCCUGAACCCGACAUUGUCCGAACCUUAGUCUUCGACAACCGCCUCCUCCCUCCACUCUUUUCGCCGGCCAAGCGGACCGUUCUCCUCGACCUCGACGAGACUCUGAUCCACUCCAAACUGGACCCGCCACCAGAGAGAUUCGAUUUCGUAGUCAGGCCAAGGGUCGACGGCGAGAUACUCAAGUUCUAUGUGCUCAAACGUCCAGGCGUGGACCAAUUUCUGGAAGCCUUAGCAGAUAGAUUCGAAAUCGUGGUGUUCACGGCGGGAGUGAGGGAGUACGCCUCGCUUGUGCUGAACAAUUUGGACAAGAAAUCGGUGAUUUCUCACAGAUUGUAUCGCGACUCUUGCAAGGAGGUGGAUGGGAAAUUUGUGAAGGAUUUGUCUGAAAUUGGGCGGGAUUUGAGAAGAGUAGUGAUUGUGGAUGACAAUCCUAACGCUUACGUUUUUCAGCCGGAAAACGCGAUUCCGAUUCCGUCGUUCAUAGACGAUCCGGCGGACAUGGAGCUUCGGAAAUUGGUAAACUUUUUUGAGAUAUGCGAGUGUUAUGAUGACAUGAGGGAUGCUGUGAAGCAGUAUCUAUCUGGGUAGAGAAGAAAUUUGAACGAAGAUUGUUUGUUGAUUUGAUUAUAUAAAUGUAGUUGAACAACCACUGUUCAACUCCAAAUGAAACUCAAAUUCAAUCCAAUACAGAUCCAAGAUUUGAAGA